CAUUAGCAAGUCCAGUGUUCGAGUCCUGAACACUGCUGGGUCCUCAUUUGUCACUGUCUACGAGUUCUGGUUGUAUACCAAAAAUCAAAGCUUAAAGAUCAGUUGUAAGUCCAGGACCAUGCUGGAAAUUUGAUAAGUCCAGAUUGAAGAUGAUCCAAGCCAAAGAUUGAUUGGAAGUCCAGAACUUGAGGCCCAUUAGCAAAAGCCUGGGUCUGCAGAUCUCUGCAAAUUCGUUGGGAAAGUCAGGGCCCAAUGUCUGCAAAUCCACGGGUCUGCUGGAAACUAGAGGCUGAAGAUGCCCUGUCCUGGGAGUGCAACAAAGAUGAUCUUAUUGAUGUAUUGACCCAGUGCUCAAAUGCACAAAGGCUGAUUACUGGUCAGACCUACAAUGCUAUGUACGGAAAGGACCUGGUCAGUGACCUUAAAGAGAGAUUGUCUGGACAUUUCAAAGAAGUAAUGGUAGGACUGAUGUACCCACCAGCUUUCUUCGAUGCUCAUGAACUGAGGCAUGCAAUGAAGGGUGCAGGCACAGAUGAAAACUGCCUUAUUGAAAUACUUGCCUCAAGAACGAACAGUGAGAUCUAUGCAAUCAAUGAAGUCUACAUGAUGCAGUUUGGCAUGCAACUUCAAGAGGAUAUUGAUUCAGAAACAUCUGGACACUUCAGGGAUACUCUCAUGUUGCUUGCACAAGGAACCAGGGAAGAAGGAUAUGGCUAUGAGGAUCAAGGCAUGGCUGCACAAGAUGCCACGGCACUUUGGGGAGCUUGCCAAGAUGAAACAGGGGAGAAUAAAAACAUCUUGCAGUACAUCCUAUGUAAAAAGAGCUUUCAGCAGUUGUGGAUGGCCUUUCAACAGUUCCAAUUAAUGUAUGGCAGGGAUAUUCAAGAAGCAAUAGCCAACUGCUACGAGGGACACUUUCAGCAAUUACUUGUGGCAAUUGUCCUUUGUGUCAGAGACAAAGCUUCCUAUUUUGCAUACAAACUCUACACAGCAAUUUAUGACCACGGCUUUCACAACAGAACUGUUAUAAGGAUCAUGAUUUCUAGGAGUGAAAUUGAUCUGAUGAACAUCAAAAGGAAUUACAAGGUCAGCUAUGGAAAUUCACUACACCACGAUAUCAAGAAAUAUGCGUCGGGACACUAUGAGGCAGCUCUCUUAGCAAUUUGUACUGGUGACGUUGACGACUGUUAAAUGAAGAAAAUUCCACGACUAAAACUUAAGUCUUAUAAAACCCAACUCUAUCCUAUGAAAUGCAGAUUAAAAUGUCAAAUUGUUAUCUCAGAUAAAGUUAAUCUCUUUAGUUAUUAUAGAUAAAUCUCUUCUAUUUAUCUGCAGAACAUCUAUGGAGAAAUACUGUGAUAGAUAUUAGGAAUUGUACUUCAAUCUAAAGAUAAUUUUGAUAUUGUAGAACAAAAUCUAACACAUUUUGAUUACAUAAUAAUUAUUUUAAAUAUGAAGUUAAUUUGGACAAUAUCAAGGAAACUGCUGUAUAAACUUUUGUUGUUCUUAUCAAUAACAAAUUUGGAAUGAAUGCUCCAGAUUCCAAUUAGUCAUUGCUGAAAAAACAAAGUAUGUUGUCAGAUAAGUGAGCUUUAAUUAGCUAUUGCAUUCAGAUUCAUUUUACCAGUAUCUCUUUUAGAACUGAUUAUCAUGCAACUGAUUUUGCUCAAAUUAUUAAUAAAGAUUUUUCUGUCUAAA